AUGAGUGGAUACGGGCAAGUAGAGCCUUCUCGCCCUUUGCCGUACGGUGAGGAGCAGGGAAGUUUCAUGGGUGUGACUGCCUCCUCCAACCGCGACGAUGGCUUCUUCAGUGGCGAAUCCAAUUACGUGGACCACGUCGUGUACACCGGGUUUCGCUACCAAUGCGUGGAAUACGCGCGUCGCUUUCUGCUCCUCACCACUGGCUGCGUCUUCGCCUCCUGCGGACGGGCAAGCGAGAUAUUUGCCAUGAGGACCCUGACGCACGUGGAGACGGGCGCCACCUUCGAAUUCAUUGCGCACCCCAACGGCAAAUCGACGAGGCGGCCCACCCCCGGCGACAUCAUCGUCUACCCCUACCACGCCAAGUUGCUCCCGUGGGGGCACGUUGGCGUCAUCUCGUAUGCAGAUGAGCAAAAAGUUGGGAUUGCCGAGCAAAAUCACACCUUUACCUCGUUUACCUCCCCCGGCCCAGACUACCUCGCUGGAGAGCGCUGUGUGAGCCGUUACGUGGACCUUGAGACGACCGCCGACGGCUGCUGGCGGCUGAAGGAGCGCGACAAGGAUAUUUUGGACUGUCUCGGCUGGAUGUCGUACCCCGCCGCCCCUCGUCGGGAAACCAUUCACAAACCACUUAAAGUUCUACCCGAGCAGCAAUGUGUGCGGGCCACACCAGUGGAUAGGGAGGACCACCCUUGUCUCUGGCGCCUCACGCUGCAGGAGGGCACCUGUCCCUUUCGAUCACUCUAUGUUUUUCGCCACGGCACGGGCGAGGCGCUCAUUGGCGCCGUGACCGCCUUCUCUCGUAUCAUUCGCGUAACACUGGAGUUUCUUUUCAAGCGCCACCACUUGAGUGCCGCAUUUGCUGCCUUGGCGACCAAUCCACGCGGAGCUGAGCUGCUGGAAGUGCCGAAGGAGCUCAACGACAUCAUGGAGGUCGCCGCGCAUGACGGCGACAAUGAUGCCUUGAUGGAUCACGUCCUUGCUGCCUACUUUUGCCUUUCAGAGGACGUCGUUGCUGCAAUGCGCCGUGAAUUCCGGCUUGCCGCGACCCACAUGAUUGCUACCAGCACCUUCCGUUUUAAUUUAGCGUCAAGUGCUAGCAAGCGACUGGAAAGUGGCGUUAAAGUGCGUUGCCUGAAGGCCGGCGAAUUCCAUGAUGAGGCGUGGUUGAUCGAGAAGGUAGACUUUGGGAAUCCCGUAGUCCUUUCUGCGCUCUCCAAGGCGGCUGCUGCGAGUCAAUCAUGCAAAGAGGCCCUUCGUCGGGCCACGUGGCAUGAUGCAUCUUGUAAGACAUUAUGCGAGUGCCGCGUGGAUUUUGUACGGUAUGUGAAGUAUGUGGAAAAAACACGUGGUUCGCGUGCCGGAUUCACUAUCAUUAAAAGUCCCUCCUGCUCAGGUGAUGACGCAGACGCCAUCACGACCUCACUUCUCGCCUUUUGUGGGACUUUUCAAUACCCUACCUCGGUUUUGGAUGAGUCACAGGUCUGGUACGACUUGGAACACUCAAGGCUGUAUGCCCGUUCUGCCGCAGGAGCCAACCUCCACGUUGACUUCUGUCUCUGCAUGACGGAAUGGCCGGAUAUUUUGUCUGCAGCUACGCAUUCUGCCCAGGGGACGUUGGCGGGCCGCUCCGCCCUUCGUCAGGCGGCAAUUGAUCCUCGCGCGGACGUGGUAUUUGCGAAACCGCUCUGGUCAUUUCUCUGCUCCGGUGGUGUUCACAAGAGCAGUGGCGGGGCAACCGAACUGGGCGCCAAGUUUUUUGACAUCAGCCGUCGCCUGUAUGAGUUUGCGUUGCCGAAGCAGCCCCCAGAGACGUGGGGACGUGACGUGCAUGAGUACAGGUCUUCGUGCCGCUGCUGUCACUUGGACAAUGCCCCCGCACCGGAGCUUGUGUCCAAGAGCUUCCGAGCGGAAUCGGUCAUGGUGAACUUUGCGGUGAGCUGCGCUACUGGGCGUGCGGCGGAUGGCAGUAUUGCCGGACUCAUGUACCUGUUCUCCUGA